AUGGCAGAACCACCCUCACCACCAAACCCCCAACCAUCCAAACAAACCAUCAUCCCCAAGCUCCACCUCCUCGCCCACUCCCAAGCCCAACGCGUCCUCUGGAUCCUCGAAGAACUCUCCGCCUCCAAAGGUCUCCACUACGAACUCGAACGGUACCCGCGAUCCCGGGCCUCCCUCGCCUCCCUCUCCAAAAUCCACCCCCUCGGCAAAUCCCCCAUCCUCACCCUCUCCACCACCGACUCCAGCCCCCCACCCACAAUCCAAGUGCAACCCGGCCUCCUCACCGAAUCCGUCUCCAUCCUCCAGUAUCUCAGCGACGAGUUCGGCGGCGACACGUACGUCCCCGAGUCGCUUGAGGACAAGCGCCGUGACGCGUUUUUCACGGUGUUUGCGGCGGAUACGCUGAGCUUGAAGAACGAUUUUGCGAUCAUAUAUGAUGUGCCGGCGCAGGUGGUGCCGUGGGGGUUCAAGACGAUUGUGUGGGCGCUGACGAGGCCGAUGGUGAAUCAUUGGCUGUCGGACUUGCAGCCGAUUUAUCAGUUGCUGGAGGAUGCGCUGUCUGAUGAGAAGCCGUGGUUUGCGGGGAAGAAGAUGGGUUUGAGCGAUGUGAAUAUGACGUGGGGCAUGGAUGUAUCUGUCCACAGAAAGUAUAUUGACCUGAAAAAGUUCCCGAAACUGGCGGAGUGGUAUGAGAGGAUUGAGAGUAGGGAGGGGUACCAGAGCGCGCUGAAGAAAGGCCUUGGGUUCGAUUUGAACUCGUGGGGGCAGUAG